AUGGCCUCAAAGCCAAAUACGGCAGAACGACUUGCACAUCAACUCAGACUCCUUUCUUCCCAACCUUCACCAAGAAUGACUUCCCAGUACACUCCUCGUCUCAUCGGUUCUCCUAACACGCUCGAGCAUCGCGUCUUCAUCGAGCAAAAUGGUUCGGUCGUCUCACCUUUCCAUGAUAUCCCGCUCUUUGCAGACCAGAACUCGGGAAUCUUCAACAUGAUCGUUGAGGUUCCUCGCUGGACUAACGCCAAGAUGGAGAUCUCCAAGGAGGAGCCCUUCAACCCUAUCAAGCAGGACAUCAAGAAGGGUAGGUUGCGCUACGUGCGCAACUGUUUCCCCCACCAUGGGUACAUCUGGAACUACGGUGCGUUCCCCCAGACCUGGGAGGAUCCUUCGCAGACCCAUGCUGAGACCAAGGCUAAGGGUGACAACGACCCUCUCGAUGUCUGUGAGAUUGGCGAGCAAGUCGGCUACGUUGGCCAGGUUAAGCAGGUCAAGGUUCUCGGUAUCAUGGCUCUCUUGGAUGAGGGCGAGACCGACUGGAAAGUUAUCGUCGUGGACGUCCAGGAUCCUUUGGCUUCCAAGCUGAAUGAUAUUGAGGACGUAGAAAGGCACCUGCCUGGCUUGAUCAGGGCUACCAACGAGUGGUUCAGGAUCUAUAAGAUUCCUGAUGGAAAGCCCGAAAACACCUUCGCCUUCUCUGGAGAAGCCAAGAACAAGAAGUAUGCUACUGAAAUCGUCCACGAGUGCCACGAAGCCUGGCGUCGUCUCAUCACCGGCGAGAGCCCGGCUAAGACUGCCACUUACGAUCUCUCAAUCCGCAACAUCACUAUCCAGAACUCCCCCGGAUUCAUCCGACGGGAUGACCCCGCAUACACCAGCAUUCCCCCUGACUCCAGGAAGGCUCCUGCUCCCAUCGAUCCAUCCGUCUCUAAAUGGUUCUAUAUUUCUUCUGCCCAGGUUUAG